GCAUAUACAACAUGUCAGAAGAUGCCAAACUAAACAUUGCAUUCAUCCAUCCUGAUCUCGGCAUAGGUGGUGCUGAAAGGCUAGUUGUGGAUGCUGCUGUAGGCAUUCAAUCAAAAGGACACAAAGUGGCCAUGUACACAAGUCAUCAUGACCCAAAUCACUGCUUUGAAGAAACAAGGGAUGGCACACUCUCUGUUCAUGUGCAUGGGGAUUGGCUUCCACGUCAGUUUCUAGGUCGGUUUUACAUCUUAUUUGCUAUUCUGCGUCAACUCGUCCUGGUCGCAUGGAUUUUACAGCAUGAAAAAGACACGUAUGAUAUUAUCUUUGUCGAUCAAUUGAGUGCCUGUGUGCCUAUUUUGAAAUGGUUUUCUUCUGCAAGAGUUUUGUUUUAUUGUCAUUUCCCAGACAAGCUAUUGACCAAACGUGAUUCAGCACUGAAACAACUUUAUCGAGUGCCUAUUGACAAGUUGGAAGAAUGGUCCACGGGUAUGGCAGAUACCAUCACGGUCAACAGUCAAUUUACAGGUGGUAUGUUUAGACGUUCUUUUCCUCGUAUCUUGAAGAAACCCCGUGUGCUAUACCCUCCUAUUAAUUUCAAGGCCUAUGAUAAGCAAGUGGACCUUUCAGACCCUUCUGUUCAACUGAUUGAAUCACAUAAAAAGACGCUUGUGUCUAUCAAUCGAUUUGAAAAGAAAAAGAACGUAGAAUUAGGCCUAAAAGCAUUUGCCUUGCUCAAGAAAAACAAGCUGAUUUCUGAACAAGAGUUUAUGGAAUAUCGCCUUGUAUUGGCUGGUGGUUAUGACAGACGGGUUGCUGAAAAUGUAGAAUACCUUCAAGAAUUAGAUGCGAUGGCAAAAGAAUAUGGUCUAGAGACAUUUACCUUGUUUCCUCAUUCAGUAGAACGCCCUCCUAAUACAGCUCAAGUCAUAUUUCUCUGUUCGUUUAAUGAUGCCCAACGUACUUAUUUACUCAGUGAAUCUGUUUUGUUGUUGUACACACCUGCCAAUGAACAUUUUGGUAUUACACCUGUAGAAGGCAUGUAUGCUUCGUUACCUGUGAUUGCUGCCAAUAGUGGUGGUCCUCUUGAGACAGUCAAGGAUAAAGAAACAGGUCUCAUCUUGGCUCCUGAACCUGACAUAUGGGCCCAAGGGAUUUGUGCAUUUAUGACCCAUGAAUACGAUGGCCAAGUCAUGGGCCGUGUAGGUCGUGAGCACGUCAAAUCUAAGUUUUCUUUAGAAGCCUUUGCUGAUCAAUUAGAAGAUAUUUGUGAAGAACUUGCAAGUGGUGGUCGACCUAGUCGUUAUGAAUAUGACAAUAUAGAGUAUGCUAUGCGAUUCGUUGUCGCUAUUGGUUUGUUUAUUGUUUGGUACAACUAUUGUUAA